AUGGCCGGCGCUUGUCCCUCAGCACUGAACCUUCCUGCCGAUGUUCUGCUCGAUUUAGGAUCGCUUUUCCGGCCGCGCCCAUCCGAGAUAGAAGAUGAACAUCUGGUAGAUCGCACCUCACUAUGGACGUGGGCAUCUCUCCCGGCGGUGUGCAAGAAAUGGCGUGAUGUCUUUCUUGGAUCGCCUGCACAUUGGUCCUAUAUCGUACUUCCUGUCAACCAUGUCCAUCCAAGACGCAUCUUCGCGCGUGCGCAAGGCGCACCCCUAGACGUGUACAUCGAAGUUGUGGACAAUAUGACCAUCGAUGAAGAGCAACGGCUUGCAGACGGACUCUCGUUGCUCGAGGAGUACUCGCAGCAGCUGAGGUUGUUCUGCCUUCGCAACAACGGCACCCAGCCUAUUCGGAAAGCCUUGUUGACGUGGAUCUUUGAGAUCCUCGAUCGUCCCCUUCCCCAGCUGAGCCAUUUGUACUUUCACGACGGCCUACCCCCACCGUGGCAGCGUGCCACUGCUCUUACUCGGGACAUCGCGUUGCAGGCGCCCGCUCUCCGCUCCAUGUCCACCCGAGGUUAUCAUCGUCUAAAUUGGACGCACAAGACGGCCGACGCGCCUGAGCUACGUAACCUUCGCCUUGGGUUCCUCAAUUUCCAUCACAUGCGCGGCGCGCUCGCGUAUCUACCUCAUCUUCGUUCGGUGGACAUCGAUCUCGGUGAAGGGCAACUCGCCCAAGGCGUUUCCUGGAUACCGACCCCGAGAUCCUUAGUUUGGCCGUCGCUUCAGGAGAUAACGUUGCGCUGCCACCCCAGCGAUGUUGUUGUCUUUUGGGAGGCUCUCGAUAUCCCGCGCUUAGUCGAAGCGGAGCUCAUCAUUCGUCACAUGAGCCCGUUCAUUGCCCACGCGGAAUUGCAAACAUCGCUUUCCACGGCCCUUGCUCUUUUCCUACCAAAUCGUACCAACGAUCCCGAUCUCCUCAUGCAUGAUGCUCUCACCUUAACGUGUCCUGAGGAUGAGGCUACCGUUGUAUUUCAGUGGUCCACAGGGGGGACCGAUGUGCAUGCACUGGACGCAAUCCAUGACGAUAUAGAAGGAUUUACGGCCAAACCCCGCUCUACGUCCAUUGCAAUGGACCUCGUAGUAGUCCCAGGUGCCUUAGAUCUCCAGAGGACAUACUUCGACAACCUGAGGUCACUCUGUUUUGAUCUCGAUGAUAUCAAGGGGCGAAUAAUGGCGACCUUCAUGUUGGAUUACGUACGGAGCUGGUCCUCGGUCCAGCUGUUGCGCAUUCACGGCCACGAUACCGCGGAAUAUAUUCUCGCUGUCCUUACAGCCGUUGCAGAUUCGUGUUUCUUUGACCUUGGCCAGCUUGUCAUAGGAAAGGGGGGGCGAUCUGGAGACUCUUACUUUUUGGCAAUGUACUAG